UUCCAGCACUCGAGAUUUUUCUACAUUUAUUUUUGAAAAGCAAACUAAAUUCAGUUCUCUUUUAUGUGUUUUUUUUUUAAUUUCCCAAAUUUAUUAACCUCAUUUUUGUUCUAUUUUCCAAUUCUUUUACCUCUCAAUACCAUUUCCGAAGUGCUUAAAAAACUCCAUGCAUAUAGGUUAGGUUAAUUUCUCCUGGGUUCUCUUCUCUCCAAUUUCCAGAGAAAAAGAAAGAAAUAUGGGUCACUCCAGCUUCCAAGAUGAGGAUGAUGAUGAAGACGAAUACGAGGAGGAAGGUAGUGGGGGUAAUCGGCUUCUGGGUUUUAUGUUUGGGAAUGUCGAUAAUUCUGGUGAUCUUGAUGCCGAUUAUCUUGAUGAGGAUGCAAAGGAGCAUCUUGCUGCGGUAGCGGACAAGCUGGGUCCAUCUCUUACGGAUAUAGAUCUGUCAGAAAAAUCACCACACACUCCUGCUGAUGCUGCUGACCAAGAUUAUGAUGAGAAGGCUGAAAAUGCCAUUGACUAUGAAGAUUUUGAUGAGGAGUAUGAUGGUCCGGAGAUUGAAGCUGCUACUGAGGAGGACCAUUUACUUCCCAAAAAGGAAUAUUUUACUGCUGAUGUUUCUUCUGCUUUGGAGCCUAAAUCCUCUGUAUUUGAUGAUGAAAACUAUGAUGAGGAUGAGGAAAGUGAAAAGGAACAAGAGGUGGUAGGUGGGCAGGAAGAGCAUACAGUAGCAUUUGAAGUAGAAAAAUCUCCUGAGGAUGAUGUACAGUGUGGCUCUUCAGAUAGUGAAAAACAAGCAGAUGGUUCUGAAGAUUUUCAGGAAAUAGCUGGUGUUCUGGAGGAGCCAUUAGAUGGUAAAGGUUCCACUCCUCUGCCUGUUUUAUGUGUUGAAGAUGGUAUGGUAAUCUUACGGUUUUCAGAAAUAUUUGGUAUUCAUGAACCCUUGAAGAAAGCAGAUAAAAGAGAGCAUGGCUAUUUCACUCAUAGAGAGAAAUACAAAUCUAUGGAUGCAUCUGAUCUUGUAGAAGAGGAUGAAGAGGUAUUUCUAAAGGGCACUGGUCAAGGUUUUUCAUUCAUUGGAUGGGAAAAUGCCAUCCAACAAGAUAUGCCUGAAUUUACUGAUGAACCUCUUGUGCAAGGAGGCUUGUCAAUGUCUGCACACAAUGAAGAACACAUUAAGGAUUCUUAUUCUAGUCCAGAACCAAUGAAAGAGGACAUAGUAGUAAAUAUUUCUACUGGAUGGCAGUCACCUUCAAGUCCGAGGUUUUUUGCCCUUGACCAGCAGGACUGGGAAGAACAAAUUCUUUGGGACAAUUCUCCUGCAAUAAGUGGCGAUUCUUUGGAGAGUCCUGAAAUCUCUGUCUCUGAGUUGGAAGCUUCAGUUGCUAGAGAGACCAUUCCACAGACGGCGCAAAAUGUACUGUCUGAGCAUUCUACAAAACCCUAUGAGAAGGACCAUGACAGCAGCCUUUGUAGUUCCUCUGUUUUCUUGGAACCGUUUGGCUUAAGAAAUUCUUCAGGAUCUAUGGACCUUUCCUUCUUGGACAGAUUCCAUCCCCAACUCUUAAGGUUGGAAUCUCCGUUGGGAGUAGAUUCUUCAAAUGAUGGUGAUCAUAAAAGAGAAUAUGUUACCAUAGAGCCAGAUAAAAGUGAUGUUGUGAGGUGUUUUAACCAACUUACAUUGCAAAAUAAAGAUAUGAUGGAAGGGUCAUGGUUAGACAAUAUUAUAUGGGAACCACAUAGUGUGAUUGCAAAACCUAAGUUAAUUCUUGAUCUUCAAGAUAAGCAGAUGCUUUUUGAAAUUUUUGAUAACAAGGAAAGUAAACAUCUUCAGCUCCAUGCAGGGGCUAUGAUCAUUACUCGACCUGUAAAGCCAAGCAGUCUUGGUUCUUCCGAGGUGUCAGGUCAUAAAUAUCACCCUGGUUGGCAAUUCAAUAUUGCUAAUGACAAGUUCUAUGUGAACCGUAAAGUUUCUCAGCAGUUACAAUCAAAUUCUAAUAAACGCAUGGCUCAUGGUGUCAGAGUUCAUCAUUCAGCACCUGCACUUAAGCUUCAAACAAUGAAGUUGAAGUUGAGCAAUAAAGAUGUAGCAAAUUUUCACCGUCCAAGAGCUAUAUGGUAUCCACAUGAUAUUGAGGUGGGUGUCAGGCAACAAGGGAGGCUGCCAACACAAGGACCCAUGAAAAUUAUAUUGAAGAGCUUGGGAGGCAAAGGAAGCAAACUACAUGUUGAUGCUGAGGAAACUGUCUCUUCUGUUAAAGCAAAGGCUUCUAAGAAGCUAGAUUUCAAGCCAUCAGAAUCAGUAAAAAUAUUUUAUCUUGGGAAGGAGCUUGAAGAUGAUAAGUCUCUUGCUGCUCAAAAUGUUCAACCAAAUUCUCUGCUUCAUCUUAUUCGCACAAGAAUACAUCUAUUGCCAAGGGCACAAAAACUUCCAAGAGAAAAUAAGUCUUUACGGCCUCCUGGGGCAUUUAAGAAGAAAUCUGAUCUUUCUGUGAGAGAUGGUCACAUUUUUCUAAUGGAGUAUUGUGAGGAGAGGCCUUUACUUUUGAGCAAUCCAGGGAUGGGUGCAAACCUGUGCACUUACUAUCGAAAAGCAUCUUCAGGUGAUCAAACUGGUGGAUUGUUACGCAAUGGAAAUCAAACGUUGGGAAAUGUUCUGCUUUUAGAGCCAGCUGAUAAAUCACCUUUCCUUGGAGAUAUUAAAGCCGGCUGUAGUCAGUCAUCUCUUGAAACAAACAUGUACAAGGCUCCCAUAGUUUCUCACAAGGUGCCAUCAACAGACUUCCUAUUGGUUAGAUCAGCGAAGGGAAAGCUUUCCAUACGACGUAUUGAUAAGAUUGCUGUUGUCGGACAACAGGAGCCUCUCAUGGAGGUAAUUUCUCCUGGAUUGAAGAAUCUUCAGACAUAUCUCAUGAAUAGGAUGUUGGUUUAUGUGUAUCGGGAGUUUUCUGCGGCUGCCAAGCGUGGUUUGACUCCAUUCAUUGGUACAGAUGAGUUGGUUACUCAUUUUCCUAACCUUUCAGAUGCAAUUGUCAGGAAAAAGCUGAAGGAAUGUGCUUAUUUGCGGAGGGAUAAAAGUGGACGGCAGAUUUGGUCCAUGAAGCCUGAUUUCCAUAUUCCACCCGAAGGUGUUCUGAGAAAGUUGGUCUUUCCGGAGCAUGUGUGUGCCUAUGAAAGCAUGCAAGCUGGUCUGUACCGGCUCAAACAUUUAGGAAUCACACGACUAACACAUCCUACCACUAUUUCAUCUGCAAUGAGUCAACUCCCUGACGAAGCUAUUGCUCUGGCUGCUGCAUCACACAUUGAAAGGGAGCUUCAGAUAACUCCAUGGAAUCUCAGUAGCAAUUUUGUUGCAUGUACAAGCCAGGACAGAGAAAGUAUUGAGCGCCUGGAAAUAACUGGUGUCGGUGAUCCUUCUGGUCGAGGCUUAGGAUUUAGCUACGUUCGUACUGCUCCUAAGGCUCCAAUGUCAAAUGCUGUGAUGAAGAAGAAAGCAGCUGCUGGUCGUGGAGGUUCUAGUGUAACUGGGACAGAUGCUGACCUUCGUAGAUUAAGCAUGGAGGCAGCACGAGAGGUGCGUUUCUCUUGUAAAAAUUUUCCUAUUGAACUACUCUUCUUGUUAGAUGAUGAUGAGCAAAAGAAGAAAAAGAAGAAGAAAAACAAAGCUGUUGCAGAAGAUGUUGGGUUGACUUUUGGCUUACAAUCACGUAUCAGCAUUGAGAAUGUACAACGUAUUAAGAAAGCAAGCACGGUUUCCAAGCAAAUUGUUGGUGCUACUCAACCUAAUGGGUCAUAUUCUACGAACGAAAACAUUGUUAAGGAUUCAAAGGAUAUUGAAAGUAGAAUGUUUAAAGGAAACUUGUCUGGAAAGGUGAAAGGAAUGAAAAAGAAUGGUAUGUCAAGCACAGGUCCACUAACAAAAGUCAAAAUAUUGGGAGACAAUGUUAAGGUAAGUGAGCUCUUCUCUUCUCUCUCUCUCUCUCUCUCUCUGUCUCUUGAUGGAAAGACAAAAAGUUCUUCCAACAUUUCAUCUUCUUAUGCUUAUGUUGGUCAAAUAUUAGAGAUACGGAUUCAUGAAGUUCCUGCUUUAUGUAUUCUUCAACUGAUUUCCCUGCAGGUUGGUUUGUCCAAUGUCUUAGAGCAGAUUGUAGAAACACUUAGAGAUAAUACCGAGUUGUCCUAUCUGUUUCUAAAGCCAGUGUCCAAGAAGGAGGCUCCUGACUACCUGGAUAUCAUAAAGCGCCCAAUGGAUUUGUCCACCAUAAGGGACAAGGUUAGGAGGAUGGAAUACAAAGAUCGAGAGGAAUUUAGACAUGAUGUGUGGCAGAUUGCCUAUAAUGCUCAUAUCUACAAUGAUGGUCGCAAUCCAGGUAUUCCUCCUCUUGCUGAUCAGCUUUUGGAGCUUUGUGACUACUUGAUGGAUGAGUAUCAACAGAGCUUGUGUGAAGCUGAAGCUGGAAUAGAAGCUAGGGAUACUUAAUUAGCUGACAGAUUACAAUUAUUUAUUUAUCUGAAAGCCACAAUUACCUUGAGCAGCUUCUUCUCUAGGUUUGGGGGAUUUCCAGGGUUUGAUCUGAUUAGGGGAUCUCUUUGAAAAAGAACUACAGUGGCUUGCCUGUUCUUUCUGUAUAUGGUAAUAGAGCUCUGUGUAUAUAUAUAUUCAAAAGCACAAGUACUUUUGAGUCCGUUCGGGCAUCAAAAGAAACUAGGUCAAGUAGGAUUGUUGUGGCUGAAAGAGAUGGUGAUAAGCUAGGUGAGUGUAGCCGGUAAAUGAUGGUUUGAAUUACGUGGUAAAGCUUGUAGACCAUAUCCCCGUUGAGAGCAUAGGCCAUCUGGGAGUAAUUCUUUAGUACAUUCCCUCAAAAUCGAAGAUCCCAAGGCGAUGAACCAGACGAGCUUCAUCCUGACAUUAUGUUGGCCAAGGGAAGAAGCAUUCCCUUAAAAAUAAAGAUCUGAGGCAAUCCUUCUGACGAGCUUUAUCUUGGCAUUACCGAAGCUGGUGUAUGCAAAGUAAGUUGAUGUGAAUGCUCCAGCUGUCCAGAGAGGUUAGGCUGCGUUUCAGGUUAUGUUGUUUUAGUUUUUAAUGAGCUAGGAGGGAGAUAGAGGGAGGGAGAUGAGGCUGAUGUAAAGAAUUUUGACACACAAGCUAACAACUGUCUGUACCAUAUAUAUCUGUACGUCUAAUGUAUUUUUGUAGUUAAUCACAAUCAAAUUGAGUUUAAUCCUUUGUACAAUGGAAAAUAUAGAGACAAAAAGGAAAGUUAUUGUAAUAAUUAAAAAAACCAUGAAGCUAAAGAUAAUCAAGCAUUUUUGUAUUGUAAUA